AUCCAUCAAAAGUUGGCCCAUGGUAUAUGCAGAGAACAAGUGACGAUUUCAUAUGACAAGCCGUGUGUAUUUCUAGAAGGUGAAGGACAAAAGGAGACGAACAUUAUCUACAAUGGUCACAACCAGAUGGACCAAAGUGCUACUUUCUCUUCUUACCCUCCAAAUGUUGUAGCCAAGGGUAUCACCUUCCAGAAUUCGUAUAACCUCAGAACGAGCAUACCCAAAAUCUACAGCCCAAACCCAGGCACCGGCCCAGGCCCAACGCUAGCUGCUAGAGUGUACGGCGACAAGACGGCUUUCUACGACUGUUCGUUCGUCGGCGUCCAAGACACGUUAUGGGACGCCACCGGCCGCCAUUACUUCUCCAAUUGCUACAUCCAAGGAGCCGUCGAUUUCAUUUUCGGUCGAGGCCAAUCUUUCUAUGAGAACGCAGAGAUAUACGCGACGGGAGGAGGCUACAUAACGGCGCAAGGCAGGGCAACAGCGAACGAUCCAAGUGGGUUUGUGUUCUUCGGCGGCUCGGUAGGAGCCUCCCCCGGCGUCUCGAUUUUCCUUGGCCGAGCUUACGGGCCAUACUCGAGAGUCAUCUUUCAGUCGACUUAUAUGACCGCCGCCGUCGACCCUCGCGGCUGGGAUGCUUGGCGUUACGCCGGCCAAGAGAAAAAUAUCUUCUACGUCGAGGCUAAUUGUAAAGGACCAGGUUCGGACAGAUCGAAGCGAGUUCCAUGGGAGAAGAACUUGGACCGUUACCCUUCUCUCCUCAGGCAGUAUUCGAGGGAUGCGUUUGUUAAUCGUGAUGGUUGGAUUGGCAACCAACCCACCUCCUAA